AUGGCUGCGGUAUAUAAAUCAGUGUCCAAGAAGCAGGCUCGGCAACUUGCCAAAGAGCAGGAGCAGGAUGAAGAAGAUGUCGAAAUGGGAGAUUUUCUUGGAAGUGCCGACGAAUCCAGUGAUAGUGACGAAGACGAAGAGGAACAUACCAUGGAGGUAGCUAAGAAGCAGCUGGCCGCCGGAUUCAUGCCGAAGACUCGUGUACUCAUGCUGACUUCCAGAGGUGUUACCCAUCGCCAUCGACAUUUGCUCGCGGACCUUGCUUCUCUGCUCCCUCAUACUAUCAAAGAAACAAAAUUGGAUACUAAGAAAAAGACUACUGGUUAUAAUCUACUCUUGAAUUCCCUCGCCGAUCUCCACUCGUGCAACGUGAUCUUCUUCCUUGAGGCUCGCAAGCGUGGUCAAGAUCUCUACCUCUGGCUUUCUCGCCCUCCCAACGGACCGACGUUAAAAUUCCACGUUAACAACUUGCACACAAUGGGCGAAUUGAAUGCUGGAUUCAGCGGUAACUGCUUGAAGGGUGGCCGGGGUAUCGUCGUUUUCGACCGGUCCUUCGAUGAGAAUGGUCCGGAAAUGAGCAAGCCUGGGAACGAGUACCGGGGGUUGGUCCGGGAGAUGCUCCGCGGAGUGUUCUGCGUGCCCAAGCGUGGUGUCAAGGGAAUGAAACCUUUUGUUGAUCGCAUCAUCGGUGUGUUCGGCGUCGACGGCAAGAUUUGGAUUCGUGUUUACGAAAUCAGAGAGUCGGAGGGUGAAGGCAAGAAAACGAAGGAUGGUGAGGAAGCUAACCCUGCCCCAAAGAGUAAGGGUGGUCUACCGGAGAUUUCUCUUGUCGAGAUUGGCCCCCGUUUCGUCCUCACACCUAUUGUCAUCCUGGAAGGCAGCUUCGGUGGUCCUGUCAUCUACGAGAACAAGGAAUAUGUCAGCCCGAACCAAGUUCGCAGUGAGAUUCGCAUGAGCAAGGCAGGACGCUACGCUAAGCGUCGAGACGUGGAGACAGACCGUUUGACAAAGAGGUCAACGUUGGGAUUAGGCGAAGGUGAACGUAAACCAGAUGCGCUAGACAACAAGAAACUCUUCGCAUAG